GCUGUACGUAAGUAUUCACAACUACAAGAUAAUGUGACGGGUGUCUGCUGAAUAAGACUGCCUGAUACCUAGGUAUGUACCUCUAUAUUAGUCAUCGUUCUACAUGUAUUUCUCCUUACUCAUAAAACCCCGCCGCCUCUUCACACCCAUUGUCUUUCCCCUGUUCUUCCCUCUUCUCCGACUCACGAACAACUCACCUCAUCUCGGCGUUCCAUUUCCCAACUAUCCAGAUCAUCAGGCCGCGCUGAAAUAAAAAAUGACAGUUCCCGACUUACCCACCGAGACACUGACCCUAGUCCUAGAAUUUCUUGGGAGAUAGACUUGGCCACCUUGAUCAGCGAGUAUCCAAGCGCUUCGAAGCCAUCAUCCAACCCAUGUUGUUCCAUUUCCCCUCAUCGUCUCCCGCCCGCACUGUCCCCACCACAUCCUUCUCUCCCUCUCCUUCCAAAGGCAUCUGCACCAUCAAUCCAUUCCUCAAAAAAAGGGUUCACAGACUUCUCAACGCAGCCUUGGGCCUCACGAAGCGGGGACCAGGGACAACCUUGUUCAGCUCGAUUUUCUCGCUCAUCCGCCUUCUGCGGACAGCAAAGAACAUCCGCAAGGGUGAUACGUAUGUGGUUUGGGAGGCGGUACAGAGGUCGCCUUAUCCAUGGCCAAAAGCUAGCUGGGGCCGGCCCAGCCUCACGGUGGGAUCGGGGUCCGGGUCGGGGCUUAAUGGGCUUUGUAUAAAGAGGCUCGAUGUCAUUAAAGUAUAUACCGAGGUCGACGCCACGACCUUAAGGCUCGAGACUGUUGAUAUGACGGUGUCGGGUCAUGGCGAUGGUGUGCGUGUGGGUACUAACGGGGUCUUGACGAUGGGUUUUCUGUACAACUUGCUCGAGUCCGGACGUAUAGACUUCGGGUGGUCGACGACGGAGCGGUUGGUUGUGGCAUAGGGAUUGUACAAAGCCUAUGGACUUGGGAGGGCCUGAUGAGGUUCUUGAUGAGGUUAAUAAUGUGAUUGGGUUGAAGGUGGAUGUGCUGGUAGGUAGGCAUUGAAUACCUAGGUUUGCAUCAUAGACCUACCUAAGGUUAAGGACUGUUUGCAGAACUUACCAAUAUAUGAUUACGAGAUAAAGGUACCUCGCUGAGCUGCACUGAUCGUUGCCAACAGAUCAUUUGCCCCC